AGAAUGCAUUCACGACAUUCGACAUCCUCAGAAGAAGGGUUGAAGUAGGUCCGAAAUGAUUCGGAAACGGAAACGGUAUCUUGAACUUCCUGUCUAUCAUCUGUAAAUCUGUCUAUGUCACUUCCUCUAUGGUGUUUAUGUUUACGUAUUUCCCAACUUUCCCACAGCUUCCCAGUAUUUCCGUAAUUCCUCUACUGUUGGACAUUAUUAAAAAUGACUGGGUGUGAUACUUAUGAUGGGAAUAAAGCAAAUAUUCUGGAGAACAGUGACCCCGGGAGGAUACUGAACCUGGUGAUGAGCCUCACGGAUGACUGCUGCAGCUCGUUGCAAACCAAACUGAAUGCUUAUUUGGUAGACGAGUGCGAAGCGGAGCUGGUGUUCCACGUGGUGCUGCAGCCGGCGCGGGGGGAGGGGUACGUUGAAGCCGUGGGCAAGUACCUACUGUGCCGGAAGAGGAGGAUUUACAUGACGCCAGAAAUUAUGAAUAAACUAUCUGCGGCAAACCACAUGGACUUAUUCUAUAAUCUAGACCCAGAAAUUAUCAACAUUACUAAGCCUUAUUUCCCAAAUGCGACAGUGAAGACGCGAGUAGUGUUGCAAGCGGUGCCCGGGUCACAGUUUUCAGUGUUGGUGUGUGUGGUCGCGCCGAUAGUGCAGCAAGAUUACGUAUACACCAUCAUCAAAGAAUGUUAUAAGUUCGUAUUUCCUCUAAUACUCAAGAGUAUCAAGUUAGAAUACGAAAGUUCUUUGAAAGAAAACUGCCAGACUCUGCUGAAAGUAAUUCGAAAAUUGUUUGUUAAGGUGUCUUCACAACCUACGCUUUUAAAAGUUGCGAUCAAACAAGCUAGAAAAAUUACCAAAGCUGAACACUGUGCAUUAUUUUUGAUAGAUGUGGAAAAGAUGGAACUGAUACAAAAAUACCCGGACGACGACGAUCCUGAAUCCGAUUUAAUAGAGAAGCGUCAUCCUAUGGGUAUUGGUUUGGUCGGAGAGACGAUAAACACUGGGUUCUUAAUCAAUGCCAGGAUCGCCACGGAGCACCCCAGUUACGACCCUCAGAUCGACAGCCUCCCUGGAAUCGACUGCAGGUCAACCUUACUGUUCCCGAUCCGCGAUCAGUCAGGAAUAGUGGGCGUCUGCCAGCUGAUCAACAAGGUCGACGACCCCUACUUCGACGUGUUGGACGAGGAGAUAGCCCUGGCCUUCAGCGUGUACUGCGGGAUAUGCGUCGUGCACUCGCGGUUAUAUCUCAAGCUAGAGGAGGGCAUCAUAAGGAACGCGCUGGCUAAUGAGUUGAUUUUGUAUCAUGUGCAGGUGACCGACGAGGAAGUAUCCAAGCUUCUUAACUGUGAGGGGUUCCACUCGCACCCGGACUUCACGAAGCUGGACUUCAACCAGCGCGCGCUGCCGGCGCGGGAGCUGCCCUGCUACGUUAUGAAGAUGUUUGAAGACCUUGGCUUUGAUAAAAAGUUCAACAUAAAGCGGCACAAGCUGGCCCGCUUCGUGCUGCAAGUGCGCAAGGGGUACCGCGACGUGCCGGGGCGGGGGUUCCAGCACGGGUUCAGCGCGAGCCAGUGGGCCCACGCGCUCAUGAUGAACUGUCGGCUCGUGGAGAACGGGUAUCUUACUGAUCUUCAAGCGAUGAUGUGCAUCAUCGCCUGCCUGGUGCAUUGUCUGGAUCAUCGCGGCACUACCUACGGCUUUCAGAUAAAUGGCAAAACAUCGCUAGCAGCUCUCUACACGAGCGAGGGCAGCGUGCUAGAGCGCCACCACCUGGCGCAGGCUCUCUGUAUCCUCACUUCGGAGGGCUGCGGCGUGCUGGACGGCCUGUCACGCGGGGACUACGACCGCGCGCUGCUCAUGUUGAAGGAUUACGUCAUUGCUACCGAUCUAGGGGUUUACUUCAAAAAAUUUAAUGAAUAUCACACGAUAGCUGCGGACUUCCAGAAGUGCCACCGAGUCCACAUCACUGCCCUGCAAGCCAUGAUAAUGGUCGCGGCAGACAUGUCUGAUUCACUGAAGGACUGGAGCAGUCUUAAAAGAACUUUUGCAGCCAUGAUAUCGGAGUACUUCAGCCAAGGCGACAUGGAGAAGAUCCGUGGAGAGCUGCCGGAGUGGGCCACAGACCAGGAUAGAUUCUCCAUUCCAGACCUCGCUAUACAGUUCCUCACUGAAGUCUGUAUGCCCGUAUACCAAAUCCUAGGACAAAUGAUCCCUGAAAUGGAAAGUUGCGACCCGGUAUUAGAGAAUCACGUGAUGAGAUGGGAAGCGGCGAAGCCUAUAUUUGCCGAGGUGCCACCAACGGGUGCUCUCGCAAUACUCCUCAGUCCCGAACUAGACGAGUUAAUUGAUCAGAAUAUUGAAAAUAUGCUACAUCCAGAGCAGUCUGAAGACCAAUUGCGAACAUCAGGCACUCAAUCGACUCUCCGCUCUAAAGCCAUGCUAACUUCGGCGCAGCGGUUGCAGUCCCAACAGUCACGGAAAGCUUCACAAUCGCAACCGGCACUGCCGCAAUCAAGGAUGACGUUAGAUGCGUCUAAAAAACAACUACAACGUUCUCAGGCUCAGGUUGAAGGUUCGAAACCGCAAAUGCAACCAUCUAAACCACAAGUGCGAAUUUCAGAAUCUCAAGAGGAAGAAGGAGAAAGUAAGGUACAGCCUUCGCAAGCCCAAAUUCAGGCUUCACAACCACAAGUACAGGGUUCACAACCACAAGUACAAGCUUCGCAACCACAAGUACAGCCAUCGCAAGCACAGGUACAAGCUUCAAAACUAGAAGUACAAGGUUCACAACUGCAAGUACAAGGUUCGCAAACUCAAAUCCAGGCUUCGCAACCACAAGUACAGGCGUCACAACCAGAGGAACAAGCGUCACAAGCUCAAGUGCAGCCAUCGCAAGCCCAGGUACAAGCUUCGCAACCGCAACUACAACCUUCGCAACCGGAGGUUCAACAAUCAAAGCCUCAAGUACGAAUAUCGGUAACACAACAGGAGCAAGCCCCACAAACUGAAGUGCGAGUUUCGCAACCACAAAUCGAAGCUUCCCAACCUCAAGUUCAGGAAGAAGUACCGGCUUCGCAACCUCAAGGUCAGGAAGAAGUAACGGCUUCGCUACCUCAAGAAGUGGAAUCCCAACAACCAAUGCGAGCAUCUGUCACUAAAGAAAGAGGAUCGCAGCAAGAAAUAGCGCGACGCCAGUCAACUGCAUCGCAGCCUCGUAUCUCACAAACCCAAGAAGCUGGGGAAAAAUUACAAGAAACACCAGCUGAAUUACCUAAAGAACCCGGUUCACAGCCACAAGUGACUGGUUCGAAACCGCAGGUGACAGGAUCGCCACCACAAGGGGCGGGAUCCCAGGCUCGAUUGUCGGAGUCAGCACAGGCAAGGACUCCGUCGCAGGCGCAAGUGCGAACAUCUCUCACUGCAGAUGCAGGGUCUAAAGCUGAAGUGACUGAACCGCAGGAUUAAAGUGGCAUGGUAAGGAACUUAACCUAACUCCUCAUCAUCAAAUGUGUAGUUUAAGUAGAAAUACUCAAUCUACAUAUACCAUGAAUGAUUAGACUUACCACUAGAAUGUUUUGUU